GAAGAUGGAUAACAAGAUAGCGAAAAAAUGGCGACAACUCAGCGGCGAAAAUCAUUGGAAGGGUCUAUUAGACCCUCUUGACAUCGACCUGCGCAAGUACUUGAUACAUUAUGGGGAAAUGGCUCAAGCUGCAUAUGAUGCUUUCAACACCGAAAAAGCAUCCAAGUAUGCUGGAAGUAGCACGUAUGCCAAGAGGGAUUUCUUCUCCAAAGUUGGUUUGGAAAAUGGCAACCCUUUUAAGUAUUCUGUGACCAAGUUCCUGUAUGCAACAUCAGAAAUCGAUGUCCCUGAAGCGUUUAUUAUAAAGUCGCUUUCUAGGGAGGCUUGGAGUAGGGAAUCAAAUUGGAUAGGGUAUGUUGCUGUGGCCACUGAUGAAGGGAAAUCUGUGUUAGGGAGAAGGGACAUUGUGAUUGCAUGGAGAGGCACUGUGCAGACCUUGGAGUGGGUUAAUGAUCUUCAGUUCAUUAUGGUUUCUGCUCCCAAAGUGUUUGGUAACAACACUGGUCCUAAAGUGCACCAGGGAUGGUACUCCAUUUACACCUCCGAAGACCCACGUUCUCCCUUCAACAAGACUAGUGCCCGAAACCAGGUCCUAAGUGAGGUGAGAAGGCUGGUAGAGAUAUAUAAGAAUGAAGAAAUAAGCAUAACUAUAACUGGUCACAGUUUAGGAGCUGCAAUAGCAACCCUUAAUGCGGUAGACAUUGUCGCAAAUGGAUACAACAUGGCAAGUGAUCCAUCUUUCAAUAAGACUUCUCCAGUCACCGCCAUUGUAUUUGCCAGCCCAAGAGUUGGUGACAUCAAUUUUCAGAAGGUUUUUUCUGGUUACAAAGAUCUGACAACAAUACGCAUUCGAAACGAGUUAGAUAUUGUUCCAAACUAUCCCCUUGUUGGGUAUUCAGAUGUGGGUGAAGAGUUGAAAAUUGAUACCCGAAAAUCUAUGUUCUUGAAGAGUCCUGGGAAUCCUUCUAGUUGGCAUAACUUGGAGGCUUAUUUGCAUGGAGUAGCUGGAACGCAAGGGAGCAAAGGAGGAUUCAAACUAGAGGUUAAUCGUGAUAUUGCACUUGUGAACAAGAGUUUAGAUGCUCUGAAAGAUGAAUUACUUGUUCCAGUGUCAUGGAGGAUUGAGAAGAAUAAGGGUAUGGUUCAACAACCAGAUGGUUCGUGGAAGUUAAUGGAUCGUGAAGAUGACGACUUUUGAUCCUUAAUUCAGAGUUGAGAAUGUUUGUGGUUUGCAGUUUCUCAUUUGAGCUUGUCAUUUUCUGCUGUGCCGUGCAUGUCUCUUUGGAGCAAAGAUUAAUUAGAUGGGACCUUUGUUUCUUAUAUAUUAUAUAACCUUUGUGUAAGCCUUAAGCGAUAAUUAUUUUGAAAGAAGGAAGUACUUGCUGAAUA